UGGUUUCCCCUCUCUCCCGCUCCGUUCUCGGGUGCAAUUCCAGGAGACACGGCAGGCGUCCCGGAAUGAAAACCUCCUGUGACACUUUGCCACCUACAUAGAAGGAGGCGGUGUAGGAUGAGAGGCGGAUAAUAUGGCCGGGACCCACUGUAAGGGUCCCGCCCACCGCGGGCAGAGCGUAGCCGGGUCAUUUGCUCCCGCCAGCCCUGGCAGGGUCUCCGUGCGGGCAGGAAGGAUAGGCAGCGCGACACCAUUGAGGGGCACACCUUAGGGGUUACCAGGGUUCAGUUUAGUCCACAAGCCAUCCUGGGGUGACACGAGGACACUGGCAGGUGGCAGGUCCCCAGUCCCACAGAAAGGCUGGUAGCUCAUGGAGGUGACUGCGGUGCUGCAGGAGUGACCCCGUAGGGAGCACGCUGCUCUGCCGGCACUGACACUGCUCAGUAUUGCUGCGGGGGGGCUCGGCCCCGUCCUCACCUUCAUACACAGCCGAGAACUCAAGGGAGCACCUCCUCCCCCCUCUUGCACCACUUGUUUUUCGGCGCUGCUUGGUCCCAGCUUACCCAGCUGGGUCCCCCCAAAAUCAUGUGGGCUCUGUGCCCCCCCCGUGUGGCUUCACCGCGGGGCAGGGGCGGCGCGGCGUUCUCGGAGGCAGCGCAGGUGUCGGGAGCCGCGUGCGGUCGACGGCGACGCCGGGGGGUGAGCACCUCCUUCCUGCCCUGGCGGCGAGGCGAGCGCGGGGCCGCAGCUGCGGCAGCAGCGCCAUGUGCCAGCGCCGCCGCGAGGGACCGGGGAGCCGGCACCUGCCACUCCCCGCGGGGGCUCCGAGCGGCCCGGGAGGGGAGCAGCCCAAGGAUGGGGGCUCGGAGCUCUGCAGGUGCAGGACCUACAGCUGGUCCCGUGCUUGAUGUUGCUAUGGGUUUGGGGUGAAGCCUGUCCACAUCAGGAUUGAUCUUGCCGGGCUCCGGCAGCAGAGUUAGAGCCCUGGGGGCUACAGGAAGGGCCCCCGCAUCCCAGGUGCUCUGGGGGGGCCGUCUCCCCCUCGGGGACAUCCGGGUGGCAGCCCACUGUGGCGAGGUGUGUGACGCCAGAAGCGGAGCCGAGGUUCAUAUUUGGGCACGGAGCAGGUUAUUGGAGGCCGCGGCCCCGCAGCCGGGAGAUGAGGCGCCUGAUAAAGGCUGCGCCGGUGCUGAUCGGGCACCGGCGAGAGCUGCCCUGGCUGCGUUGGGCACCGGGGCCGGUGGCAUGGGGCCGAUGGUGUUGCUGGGGCUGCUGCUGUGCACGCAGCUGCGUGGGGGUGAGUGCCGGGCGGCUGGGAUCGGGGCCGGGCUCGGCAGCCUCGGUGCCGCAGGCUCCGGGGAGCUGCGGCUGGUGGGCGGCGGCGGGCGCUGUGCCGGGCGUGUGGAGGUGAAGCAUGGCGGUGAGUGGGGCUCCGUGUGCAUCUUCGACUUCGACUUCGAAGACCGAUGGGCCACGGUGGUGUGCCGGCAGCUGGGCUGCGGCCGGGUGGCCAAGGCGUCGCCGUACGCCCCGUUCGGGCAGGGCAGCGGGCGGAUCUGGCUGCAGCCCUUCUUCUGCCGCGGCACCGAGGAUGCGCUGCAGGAGUGUCCGCACUUCGGAUGGGGAGAGCACUUCUGCGGUCACGAGCGGGACGUGGGGGUGAUCUGCACAGAUGGCGUGGAGCUGAGGCUGGCGGGCGGCGGCAGUCCCUGUGCCGGAAGGGUGGAAGUGAAGCUGCAAGGCCGCUGGGGCUCGGUGGGAGACGACAGCUGGGACAUGGAGGAUGCCGAGGUGGUUUGCCAGCAGCUGGGCUGUGGCUCGGCUGCCGGCGCCUACUUCGUCCUCGACCGCUUCGACCCAGGGGACGGGCCAGUCAACAUGGCCAUGGUGGACUGCAGGGGCUUCGAGGCCACGCUCUGGGACUGCGAGAUCCGUGGCUGGGGACCCUAUAACAUCAGCUUCCGUGACUUCGACACUGCCGUGGUCUGCACAGGCUUUUCCCGGCUGGUCGGAGGUGACGGGGCCUGCGCCGGGCAGCUGGAGGUGCGGCAGGGCCGGGCCUGGCUUGGUGUCUGUGAGGAUCAGGUGGACGCGAAGGCGGCGCAGGUGGUGUGCAGGGAGCUGGGCUGCGGGCCGGUGCUCUCCAUCCCCGGCAGCGGCCGCUUUGGGGCGGCAUCGGGGUCGCUGUGGGACGGAGGCUUCCAGUGCCACGGCACCGAGCCCCUCCUCAGCGCCUGUGCCCGGCGUCCGCCCCGCGGCCGGGGCUGCAGCGGCCCUGGCAGCGUCAUCUGCUCCCCCUACACGAGCUUCCGGCUGGAGAACGGCAGCUCGGCGUGCUCCGGCCGGGUGGAGGUGGAGCUCAGGGGGACGUGGGGCUCCGUGUGCGCCAGCGAGUGGGACCUGCCCGAUGCCCACGUCCUGUGUCGCCACCUGGGCUGCGGGAGCGCCCUCGGCGUGUCCCCGGGAGGCUCCUUCGGCAGCGGGGAGGGGCCGCUGCGGCCGGACGCCUUCGGCUGCAGCGGGAGCGAGCGGCACCCGGGCGAGUGCCCCGUGACCGUGCUGGGGAAGCCGCCCUGUGCCCCCGGCAACGCCGCCGCCGUCAAAUGCUCAGGCGUUGUCGAGCCGCUGCGGCUGGUGGAGGGCGAGACCCGGUGCGAUGGGUGGCUGGAGGUGGCCACAAAGACCGGGGCCAAACGCCGUGUGCCGGGAGACCUGUUGCUUCUACGGAAUUUCAGCAAGGUGUGCUGGGAGCUGGGCUGUGGAGAACUGGACGAGAGCAACGCUGUCCCCGGUAAUGUUACCCUGAGGGACAUCAACGCAACGGAGUGGGCCAUCAUGGAAAGCGUGAUCAUAACCAUCCUGGGGAAGACCACUGCGCUGACCGAGUGGCCUGAUGAGCUGCCCAGUUACUUAUUUCAGGACCAGGUACCAACUUAUUUCUUACAGUGGCUGACCACUGCACCUGCUGGCGUUCCUCACGGCACAUACCUUUUCUGCUCAGGUGGGUGUCCCGAGAAGGGCCGGAGGUGGUGGUGCCCCAGGCAGCCAUGCCAGCGUCGCCCUUGUGUACCCGCAGGCAGCCGCCGGGUGAGGCUGGUGGGGAGCUCCGGGCGCUGUGCCGGGCUCGUGGAGGUCUAUUGGAGCGGCGGCUGGAGCAGCGUGUGCCAGGAAGGCUGGGACGUGCGGGACGCUGCCGUUGUGUGCCGUGAGCUGGGCUGUGGCACGGCCCUGGAGGCCGCGAGCUCGGCGCGCUUCGGUGCCGGCACGGGCCCGCUGUGGCCGUACGCGCCCGAGUGCUCCGGGAGCGAGGAGGCUCUGUGGCAAUGCGGCCUCUCGGAACGCCGCGAGUGCGGCCGCGGCGGCGGGGCAGGGGCCGUGUGCUCAGAGCAGCUCUCGGUGCGGCUGGCGGGCGGCCGCGGGCGCUGCCGGGGCUUCCUGGAGGUGUCCUACAACGGCACCCGGGGCCGCGUGUGCGCCAACGGCACCGGCCCCGGCACCGCCGGCACCGUCUGCCGCCAGCUGGGCUGCGGGGACCGGGGCUGGCUGUCGGCCGUCGCCGGCCCGCAGCCGUCCCGUGCCUGGCUGGCCUGGGUGGGCUGCGAGGACGGGAGCCGCUCGCUCUGGGGGUGCCCCUCGGCAGCCUGGCACCUGCAGAGCUGCGGCGCUGGCGGGGACGCCCACGUGGCUUGCGAGGAGGACAGCGACGGCACCGCUGAGACAAACGCCACCUCAUAUCCAGAGGGUGCCACCAGCGCAGCCACAGGUGUCCCCAGCAGAAGCACCCUGGCAGUGGCCAUGGAGACUGUGCCUGUGCCAACCAUUGUGUACGCGGUGCUGGGGACGCUGCUGUGCCUGACCCUGGGUGUCCUGGCUGUGCUGCUGUGCCGUGCCCGUGCCCGGCAGCGAGGUGCUGGCAGAGCUGCGGAUGCCAUCUCCAACGCUGUCUACGAGGAGCUGGAUUACAGUGCCGUGCCGGAGUACCUGGAGGUGCCCAGUCGCCCAGUCCCUGCAGGUUCCCUGACGAAGGGAUCGGUGCAGAAGCUGCCAUAUUACACCGGGGACAGCGUGGAGGGCAGUGAGAGCGAGGCAGCCCCAGGUAGGGCCACAGGGCAGGAAGCCAGCGGAGACAGUGGGAACAGAGGACACAGCCGGGCAGGGGAGAUGAGGGGACAAGUCCUCCCCUUGUUAAUGUGCAGGGAAGCAUGGCCUUUCCUUGCGGCCUCCAGCUCAUGGCCAGUGGAAAUGCUGGAGGGGAUGGCACAGCCAGAGCCCUGCCAGGGCUGCUGGUCACUGCCAUGGACACCUGUGCCUGUCCCAGAGCCCCCUGCCUGGCCUGAGCCAGGAACCCCGGAUGGCUACGACGAUGCCCUGGAUGUGCCAGAGGAGCCCCCAGCUCCCAGCACUGGGGACAUGUCCGAGGGAGUGGCACGGCAGAGGUGGAUCCGUGUCCUCCCCACAGGUGCUGUACCAUGUCCAGGUAGGACACCGCCAGCGGAAAAAGCAUCCCAAAAAAACCGCUCCCAGGCCUUGAGCUCGGGUGGCUUCUCUGCUUCCUGGAGCAACCGGGCAAGGGAGAAGAGCUGGGAUAGCCGCCCGUAUCUAGCCACUGCCUACAGCACCCCUAGGAUGGAUUCCAAAGGCAACGUCCGAAGUGGAAACAAACCCGACGCCAAGGCCGCCAGCUCUGGGAAGCCGGAAAAACCCAACCCUGGGCCUGCCACCAAUGCAGACAAGAAGGAAGCCCCCAAAGAGCAGCCAGCUCCUGCCACGGCCACCAAGAAGGCAGGCGGUGACACCGCCAUCGCCAACAACCACAGCAACCUGAAACCCAGCCCCGCUGCCACGGAGACGCAGGAGGCCAGCGGCCAGUCCCCUGACUCUGACCACAAGGGAAACAGCUCUGAGGAGUCAUCGGGCAGCUUCUUCGACAACAUGAAGCCCUUGAUCAUCGUCGGAGGAGUGGCGGUGGCUGCACUGGCUGUGGUUCUGGGAGCGGCACUCCUAGCCCGGAAAAAAUGAAGACGGAGACGGGGUGGGGAUAAGAAACCCAGCCCAGCUGUACAGCUCCUUUUGAGACAAAUGCAUGCAGAGAAAUUCUAUACAUAGCUAUAUAUAUAGAGAGCGAGCUAGAUAGGUCAACAAGAAACACCAACUGCAACUCCAGGGUCUUGUUCAAGACAACUGUGCCAUUCUGACCCGCUGUGGGUAACUCCAUGCACUCAGUGUGUUCUUUCAUGUAAUAUAUCUUGGCUUAUACUGCUGUGUAUAGAUUACAGCUUCUCCUGAUCGGUGUAAAUGACGGUGUCCCCUCCCCUCCCCUGCUGUCCUCCCUGGGAGACACCCCCCCCCCGCUCUUGCAGUCCCGUUUUCAAGUCCAAAGUGUUCUACGUCCCAUUCGGAGUCCCAAUUUGUGUUUUUGGUUUCUGUUUGGUUCUGUUUUAACUUGGGCUGUGGUAAAGAAGAUGGAAGGGGAGUGCUAAGGGCCGGCUCGCCUGUUGCACUGGGCUGGGGGUGUUUUUCCAGCCUCCCCCCUGGGAAAAGGGAAGCUCAGGGGCAGCGGCAGGGAAGAGGCAGCUCCCUGACCCGACAGCCACAGGCGAUCCCUAAUCGGUGUCUGUGUAUCCGCCAUGCAUCAUCCCACCUUGGAACACCCACCUGGGAAGUGCUCCGGAGGAACCAGGGUGGCUGCAGGUGGAGACUGCAUCGUGGCAGAGCCGAGUGUGAGCCUGGCAUGUCACAUCAGGUCACUCUUCUGGCUGAGCUGCCUGCGGGACAGUGACCAGAGGGGCUGUGCUGUGGCCCAGAGAAGUCCCAUUGCAGCCUUCAGGAACCCAGGGCUCGCCAGGGUCACGUGGGCAGUGUUUGGGAUAGAGAGACUUUGUUUUGGAUCUAGUAUUUCCUAAAGUUAUGCUGGGCUUGGCAGGGUGCUGUGGCCUCAGUCCAAGCUCCCUUGAGGUUGGCUGGACUAUUUGUGUUCAUUUUUUUGGGCUUUGGAUAAGGCCUUUCACUGGAUUUUUGCCCCCACUGAAGGCUGUGGUUUCUCAGCACAUGGGAAGACAGGAAAAGGGGGAGACAUGAGCUGGUGUUAGGGGCAGAGAGGACCUGGGACCCCAUCAGAGUAACACUGACCUACCUGCUUAAUACCAGGGAAACCCCUUUCAAGAGCACUGGAAUCUGUCCUGGGUGGAUUUCUUAACCUCCCUCUUGUGACAGUAGUAGCAGGGAUUUGUAACUUGUCCACACUUUGGAAAUGGAAACAAAUUCCCAGCCCUCAGGAGCAGCCUGAUUUCAUGGGUGAGUACACUGGCUCUAAAGCCAGACUUUUUGAGGGGGAGGAGAGAGGGUGUUUAGUGCUUUGGCUGAUGCUCAGCACUAAACAGCAGGAGGUGAGAUCUACCUCUGAAAGCUUCCAUUAAGCUUCUCUUGGCUGCUGCAAAACAGGGUGUUAUAAAAACCUCUCACAUUUUGGGUGUAAGUUGGAUCAGAGAUUAAAUGAGGUCCAAUGGGAGCUUGGCAGUGGCCACAGUCCAUGGGCAGGGGCAGGAGUGAUGGUUAGAAAGAGGCUGUGACACAGUGGGGUGAGCUGUGUUACAGAGCCCGUCGUGGACCUUUAACUGGGAUGGAUGGAUGGAUGGAUGGAUGGAUGGAUGGAUGGAUGGAUGGAUGGAUGGAUGGAUGGAUGGAUUCAGGGGCUGCAGGGGUAGAGGGAGGUGUGGAUUCCUCAGGUGCUGCCUAUGCAGUGUCUGCCUCUGGCACAGUCCCUGCAGUUCUUCUCUUGGCUGAUGUCUGGCAUAUUUACCUCCAGAUCUGACCUGCUGAAUGCACAUGGUCUUGGAAUGCAUGGCUACUCCUGUGGUGAGCUCAGAAGAUGUUCCCAAAGGUGCAUGGCCUCUGGGAAUAACAGACACCGUGUCCUGGUGCGGCUGGAGGUUGAUGCCUCCACCUUUGCCAGCACAGAGACAGGACCGGGUGUGUUGGGCUCUCAGGAGUUUUGGGAAGCAGGGCUACAGCUCCAGGUGAGAUCCUGGUAGCCUAAAGCACUUGGGAUGAGCUGUGGAUGUGUCUCCCAGCAGCAGUGUGUCACAGCCUGGGGAAGGGUUAGAAGCAGAAGGGUUCUCCUCUCCCCUCAAAUUUCUGCAGCACAAAUUUGCAGGGCAAUUUUCACAGGGAGUUUUGCUUAUGUUGCUCAGAAGGAAGGGAGAUCGCCCUCUCCUGCUCUGGUUCGUGUUUUGCCAAGUAGGGUAGUGAUUUUCAUACAGUGACUUCUGUUUUCAAGAGAUAUUUCUACCUUUCCUGUCCCCUCCCUCCCUGUCAGCUCUGGCCUAGGAUUGUUUUUAGCAGUGUGUGACAUUAGGCACAGCAUCUAUCUAUUCUGCCAGCAUAGAUAGAUCGAGGGAGGAAGGUGAAGCACCUGCUUCACUUCAGUCUCCAGUUUUAUUUUCUAAAAUGUUUUUAUUUCCUUGUCUUCACCUUUGGCAACAGAAGAGGGGAAAAAGUUCUCAGCCAAUGGCCUUAACCUUUUUUCCAUCUCCCAACCCUGCCUGCCCUUAGAGCACUCAGAUUCAAGGCCACCAAUUUCAUCCAGAAACACCACAGAGGUGGUGAUGGGGCUGCAGCUCCUCAUCGGGGCACAUCACUCAUUCGAGCCCUCCCUGCACAGCAAACCUGGUAUGUGCUGUUCGUAAGGGAUUUUUGAACGUGGUCUGUCCUGUUCCAAAGGGAUUUUCCACUUCCUGUGAUCGCUUAACAUUCUGCUGUCCAGGUUCUGCACCUGGAACCCACCUCUUCGGCAGUUUGGUUUGAAAACAUCUGUCUGUGCCUGUGUGUGUGUGCUUUGAAGCACACCCUGCGUGUACAAACCUUUGUGUUGUAUUGCUGCAGUCUGGGGGAGGGAGAGAAUCCAAGCUGGAGAUGCCCCUUCCUUCAUUCCCUGCAUUCACUCCAAGUGUCCGUGAUUCUUUCCUGUGCCAUUCCCACCACGCCAUGCAGCUCCUGAAUUCCUUUCCAGUCCUGGUUUCUCCUCAGCGCAAGGAAUGUCUGGCUGGUGAAGCGCUGAGUGUGUGGUGUGCUCAGAGCCCCAAGCCUCUGCUCCCUGCCUGGGUAGUCGUGUGGGCUCUUUGCUUUAAAAUGAGGCACUUUUAGACUAUCCUGGGCUGUGCUGUAGAGCUUUUCCAAGCGUGGGUCUAGUGCUGAGCCGGGCAGAUCCAGCCUAGAUGGCACAGCACGCCGCAGCCCUGACUUGCAAACACCUCCUGUCCUGCCUUACUGUGCCAGGCUGUGCAGCGCUUUUGUUCUGAGCCAAAAAUGUCCAGCGAGCACCGGGCCGAGGGAGCAAAUCCCUCUCUCUCAGCCCCAAAUCUGUCAAAGCAGAAGGCUUGAAUGACUGACCUCGCUGUGCUAAAUAAAUAGUUGUCUUUUCUCGUACUGAGCACACGCCGUUUUUUGCUUGAUGUCCUUCUUUGUGUGGUUUUUGUGGUAUGAAGUCCUUCCAGUGACAUCUCCGUGGGGAGAGUGAAUUAACACUUAAAACUAAUCAGAGUCUGUGCUUGGGGUUUGAAGAGAUCUAGAUUGCUAGUUUACUCUUUUGAUCAAGUCUAUAAAUUAAAUUUUGGCAAAACUGGUUUCAGACCUUUCAGCUUAUCACCAAAACUCUCGAUUGAAUCACUGCACCCAAUCUCAGUCUCUUUUUAGGGAAUCAUAAAUUUUAGUUGAAUAUAAAGAUGUCAUUUUGCUGUCUUGGACAAGUCAGUAGAAGGUUUUUGCUGCUUCUAUUUUAAGAGAGAUGAAAUGGAUUAUGCUUCUGCUUCCUCUUCCUACUGAUUUAAUACCCUGUAGAUAAGUCCUGUUAUUCCUAACAGUGCUGCAGCAGGAUGAAAACAAAUCUGGCAGCCAGGGGAUAAUGCAGCAGCAUUUUGGGAGGGUAAAAACGAGUUCCUGCAGGUGCUGUUUGCCUGAGGCUCACUUAAAGCACUUGCCUUGAAGCAUUUCUUAGUUCCCUCGGGCUGGGUGAUAAAUUAAACAUCCACUUGUCUCUGAUGGACUAAAGUUUGAAGGUUGAUCCAUAGAAUACUGAAAACAAGGGAGAUUUUCCCAUUGGCUUCACCAUGCUCUGGCCUUUGAGGUCUUGUUGGCACCAGGGAUAUGAUCACAGGUCAUCAUAAAAUCAUCUCAAUUACACAUUUAUUUUUAAAUUGACAUGUUUCUUAGGCUGAGCGUAAGGGAAGUGUCUUCUCUUAGGCAGCCCUGCUUAUACUGGCAUCAGGAUUUGUGUAUGAACAACAGCAGUGCAACCAAAAACCCCUGGAGCUGGUGAGAGAUGAUUUAUGCCUUAAAUUAUUCCCUACUUUUCCUGGAAAUGCUACUGGGGUUUAGAAUUCAGCAGCCUUUUAACUAUUCUUAGAAUUGCUUGAAAAUAACAGUGCUGAAGAUUGGAGAGGACAAUGAUUCUUCAAGAAAUAAACCAAAAAAGGAAGGCAAUGGAAAAAUACAUUUGAAAGGUGAAAUUCUUGGAAUUUCAAUCAGCUCCAUGGAAAGCUUCAAGUCAGUGAAGAUUCUGAGAGGGUGCAAAGAACAGAGCAGAGAAGUGGGGAGAAAAAGCACUAUUUAAUUAUCUUAAUAGCUUUGGUAAGGACAUGCUAACUUUUAUAUCCUCUUCCCCCCUUUUUUUUUACCUCAGAAAAAGGCAAAAAUUACAAGCUCCAGUGCCAUGCAAAUUAACCUCUGCUAAUUGCCUUUUCCAGAUUAAUUCCUGCUGGCUCUGUGCAAGGUUAAAAGGUUAGAAAAAUACCUGAAGUUUUCUACAACCAACUUUGCAUGAUUAAGGGGAAUUUCCAGGACAUUAGGAAGGGCUGUGUUCUCUUUUCACGUGCUUUGCUAUGCCAAGGACUGCAAAUGCAGCCUGCUCAGACUUCCAUUCUCCUGGUCCAUCCUUUAUGCUGGAGCAGGAAUGCUGAUUCCCUUCCCAGGCCUUGCUGUGGUGUCAUUCCCUUCACCACAAAGCUAGGAGAGGUCUUUAGGGGCAAGAAGCAGCAUCACAUCACAUUCAUGAGCUGGCUGCAGUUCUGCUGCGCAGGCUGGGCACUUCCAGCCACAAAGAGGAAUUGGCUUUGAUCCAGAGCAUAACUAUUAUGUAUUCCAGUAAAUUCUCACUGUGGGGCAUUGGAAUUGGGAAUAUUUCCUACUAUUUACACUGGAGGUAUUUGGUUCUUUACUCUUUUGGGGAGAAAUCUGUUGAUGCUGAGGAUCUGUUGGCACAUUUUGGAUCUUACAAGUGACACUGGACUGACAGCCUCAAAAAGCCUUGGAGCCUGUGCCCCCAUCCAGCAACCCCUGGAGGGUUUAAUCCACUGAAUAAAGUCGGCUUAUGAUGACUUUUUUCUCUUCUUUCUGAGACCAUCAGUCCAGCCUUGUAACCUGCUUUCCUUUAAAAUUCCCUGAUUCCUGGAAUGUCUGUUCACACCAGAUCUUCAGCUGCUACAAACUACAGGGUUCCUUUGGUUUCUGAUCUGAUUCAUUGCUUGUUCUUGCCUCUUUCUUUGGCCACUGCUCUGUAUUCUUCCCUUUCCUUUCCCUACUUUAUUCCCAGGCAGCUCUGCAGAUGUGGCCUCUCCAAAGCCCUAGGCUGGGGAAGAUUUUGGGUUGGCUAAGGCAGGUUUUGAGUGGUCCCCCAAAAAUACAGGCAGUGCUGGGCCCUCAGACUGUGUGUCACAGCAGAGAAUGUGUGAAGCUUUGGUCUGCCCUCACCUUUGAGGAUCUAAGUCUGCCAGAGGCUGAGUGCUCAUCUGCCACAGGAUUUGUAAUGGAUGAUAAAUCCUCAGGAAGGUCCUGUUCUUGUCCUUCCCUGUCAGUCAGGUGUGAGGUGUUCUGGCUGCCUGAGAGGGGCUGACAUGGUGUGAGCACACACACCAUGCUUGGCUGCAGCCAGAGCUCCCUCAGCCCUCUGGAGCACCAAAAACAGAGGGAAAAGAGAAGUUUUGAAGUUGAGGAUAUGUACUUCUGCUGGCCUGGAAGGAUCAGCUAUUGUGCCAGGGAUGAGGGUGCAGGAAGUGCAGUCUCAUCUGAAUGAGCUGAUCAGGUGUCACUGGGUGAUAGAGAACUGUGGGACUUCUAGGCCUCUAAAAUUCACUUUUCAUUCAAUUCAAACUCAAAAUCCUGUGAGAGAUCAGAGCCUUUGGCUUCCCAAAUUCAUGAGUCUGGAUCUACCUUGUGCUGUAGUUCUGCUCCCUCCUCUGGACAGUGUGUGCUCAGAUAUGCAGUACUCUGGGACUCAUGACCUCUGCUCUUUGAUGCUCUUCAAAUUAAAUAGACUUUUUCUGCUGAAAAGCAUAACUUGGGUUAAAUAGGCUUUGGACUGGCUGUUCCUGUUUCUCUGCUGGUUGUUCUCAAACAGUUCUUUGAGUUUUCCAUUUCUCAGCCCCGGUGCAGCAUCCCAAGCAUGAAAGUACAGGUUCUUUCUGUCUGUGUGAUGAUGCUGCAGCACCAAAGCUCCCACCAGGACAAGAGGAAUCUUUAAUCACCUUUCCAACAGUCAAGUCCUGCACCAUAUCCCUGGUUUUGCCACAGCCACUUCAAGCAGCCAAGCUUCUGGGGCAAGCUGAUGAGAACAAGGGUGCCACACAAUUUUGUUUGGUUAAAAACCAACCAACCAGGGAAUAAUUUGGCUUUACUGAGUUUUGAGCAGCCCUUCAUAACCCUGGUGCCUUUUCCCAGGACUAUUUCAACUGAAGCCUUUAAAAGUUGCACUUCCACCUCCCCUGGAAAGCAACUCUUUUCCAGUGGUAGGUGCUAUAAUGUUGUGGAGGAACUAAAAUUACAGGAAGGGAACUCGAAGGUCAUAUUACAGGGAAUUUUUAUUUUGUUUUUGGUUUGUUUGGAUUCUGUUACUUCUCCAGGGACUGAUCCAAAGCCCUUGGAAGUCAGACUGAAAUGCCUGCUGUUCCUUUGGAAGCCUCAGGCACCUUUCCAAUGAUGUCGGUGGGUUUUGAGUCAGCUCCUGAGUGUGUUUUCCAAACGAUAGGAAUUUUCCAAGUGACACCUUGAUUUCUUCCCUGUACAACCAGACCUGCUUGUCACUUACACAUCUUUACCUGUGUUCAACAUACAGGUUUGGGGUUUUUUCUUUUGCUCUCAGAAACAAUAUGCUGCUAGACACAUUUCCUGGAGGGAAAUGGACACCUACCUACACACAAAGCUAUCCAGCUAAUUUAUACCUUGUUGAAUUUAUAAUCUUGUCUAUGCUUCUAUGGACACUUUGUAUGGGCUGCAGCUCAAAUCCUAAAAUAGUCAAGAAUUUUUUCCUUUCCCAUAUAGUAUUCUAUUUACUUUGACUUUGAAAACAAAAAAAGCGUAUAAAUGCAAUAAUGCAGGUAGACUAGAAAUACUAGAUUGAAAAUUUAAAGUAGUUUAGCUUGUCCCAUUGUGACUGACAGUGUUGUAUGACACCCAACGCUGUACCCUGACAUUUUCCAGGCUUUCUCCGUAGCUGAAUCUAGUAUUAGCUUUGGAAACCCAUUGUGUGAGUGGUGGGUGGAUGGGUCGGAAUCGUGUGCUCUCUACACACUGUAUGUUACUCACAUCACAAGCUGUAUGGCCACUCCAUAUGCUGUGAAACUGUAAAUGAUUCCCAAAUACACCUGUAACUCUUACCAGGAUUGUGAGAAAUAAACUAUAUAUAGAGAUAUAUACACACA